UCGUUAGUGUCGCCAAACAUGCUGAAUGUAUCUACACAGUGUUUAAUGUUGAAUUUUAGAUAUAUAAAUUUGAAGUCCUGGAAUGAAAUAGAAUUAAACACAUAAUGCUAGAAGGGAAGCGUUUAUGUUAUGCAACUCGAUUGAUUAUUAGACUUGAGCUAAUCGGGUUACGACUAUUGGUAAAAUGAUUAAGCUCAAAUUAUUUGAUGAAUGCGAUGUUUAGAAAAACAGAUUAAAAUAAUCGAUAGUUUUAAGUUGGACUUAGCUAAUGUUACCACAAUUUUUCCAAUACACGAACACGUCAAUAAACGACUGUGAUAUACUUAAAAUGUUAAUUUUGAUAUGAGACGAAAAAGUGUGAUUAGCCUCUUAAAAUAUGAACACCUUGAGAUAAUUGUAAGUUCGUUUAUGGCGUAUCACCACGGAUAUAGUGGAAAUAUUUUGUGAUCAAGCGGAGCAAUAAUUUAUCAGAUCGAAACCUUGGGUCGAUCGUGUUUACAUUCGGUGUUGUAUUGACACAAGGUUGGUGUAAAGAAUUAUAUUGACCUGAGACCUCGAUGAACGGAGGAAAUUACUUUUUCAAGUUCCGAUAUAAUUGGAUACGAAAUCGAAGGACAGAUUUUUGCACUAACCGGUACUGUGUUUACGUCGAUUUUAAUACCAUGACUAAAAAUGCAUAGGUUCACAAAUUCAUACAGGGUCAUGUAAGUUUAUGCAAAACUAAGUUUAUCUUUUUGGCGAAAACAAUUUGAUAAAUAGCUGGAAAAGUUAUACUUAAAAAAAUAAUGAAUUUUUCGAAGUUUCGGCAAACCGGCGAACUGUCGGAUAUAACGGUAGUCGUGGACGAUACGGAGUUUAAACUUCACAAGUUCCCGCUCUAUGCCAAGUCCGAUUUUUUCUGCGCGCUUGCAAAGAGCCCGGGAACGGAUUGUAACCGCGUAGAGCUUAAGGAAUUUCCGGGAGGACCGGAAGCGUUCGCCGUGGUAGCGGACUUUUGCUACAACAUGAAAGUUGAUCUCACAAAGACCAACGUGGUACACAUCCGGUGCGCAGCGGAGGUUCUGCAGAUGACCGGAUCCGGGAACCUUUCGGAGGUGUCGGAUAAAUUCCUCCAGGAUACUAUAACCUCGGCGAAAAUGAGUCGGUCCACGUCGGCUAUUGCGUCCCUACUGAUCUCGUGCAUGACUGCGACAGCAGUGGCCGAGAAGGCUGAUAUCGUGAGCGCGUGCUGUGACGCGCUCGUCGACUGUUGGUCUAAGCCCCCCACAAAAUUCAGCACGCCCUCCGUGUCUAAGAAAGGCUCGAACGAGAAGUCAGACGAGAGCGUCUGGGUCCUGCUCGGGUUGCCCGUGCCUUGGCUGGUGAAGCUGCUAGCUCUCGCGAGAGUGAAGGGGUCAAAGAGUGGGGUAACUGUUGAACUCGCAACAAAAUACGUAAACCUUUUCAUUGACAAGUCCGAUGCUGAGGAUAAAAUGUACGAUUCAAAGAAAGGCGACACGAGUGAUACCAAACCCGCUAAGGGCGCCCGGGGAGCGCAACAGGAAGUUGACCUUGUAAAGGACGCUCGGCAGGGGAUGAAGUCAAAGAAGAAGAACGAAUCGGGUAAGGUGCUGGACGCCAUUAUCAGUGAGAUGCCGGAAGAGUCUUUUUCCGAUCCCAGCAUAACCACGGACUGGAUUACCAAAGUGCUUAAGUUCGCCACCGCUCACGGCUGCAAGUGCCGCCCUGUCCUGGUGCGCAUAGCCGGGGAGCGUCUUAACAGCCUAUCUGCAGACGAUCUCUGCAUCAUCUCGCCCUCGGUGCUGAAAGACAUUGUUUCCGAGUCUUGCAACGGCGACGCCACCCAGGGACUUAAGGCGUGUCAGCUGAUGGAGAAUUACAUGAACGAGAUGGCGCGAAAGGGAGUCCUCACCGCUGAAACGUACAAAACAUUGGUUACUUCCGGCCCUGCGGACGCCCGGAAGUCCCAUGAUUCGCUGUAUGGAAUUCUGGAAUAUGUUCUAACAGCAGAGAAAGAUAAACUGACCCAGGAACAGAAAAGUGGGCUUAUGGACACCGUCAACUUCUCGCUCCUCACUGAAGCGACGCUAAAGCGCGCCUUCGAGACGCAGGUGGUUCCGGCCGCCAUGGUUGCCAAGGGCGCCUUGUCGCUCUGCUCAAGAUUAAAGAGCGAACUCGAGUCGGCCAAGAACACGGUCUGUCGCCAAGAGGACGAGUUGCAGCGGCUGCGGCGCGCAAAAACUGUGACGCCACAAAUGACGUCAUCACCACAAAAAGAAACAGAAUCAAGUCAUUCCAGUUUUUCGGAAUUACCGGUAAGAGACAUCGCCGCCUCCGGUGCUUCCAAUCACGUGAUAGACCACACCGGAAGUAUCAGCCCGGUCGCCCCAAGCACGGAGGACGUUUUGAUGGCGGCGAGAAACAAACUGGCGUCAUCCGUCGCCGCGUACAACACCUUCCGGCCGCUCUCGGCGGACCGGGAGCCAGAGUACGCCUACGAAGACGACAUGACUCUGGAUUAUAAAUACGACCGCCACAUGCGUUCCUAUGACAACGCGAGGAACAAGACGACGCGCACUGCUACGUUUCGGUCUUCCUAUCUUUACCCGCACAGAAUGUAGACCGGAACAGGAAGUACCCCUCCCUGAGCGAGUCCGCGUCCACUUCAAGCCAGCACAUCGGUUCUAAGUCACUGUAUAGCAUUUCGCAUUUAUAAACGGGUUGCAGUACUUGUGUACAUGGCCUCCAGACAAUAGUUGUGCACUGCCGAACUACCGCAUUAUCAAUGUUGCGUGGGAGACUAAAGUAUCUGUUAAAGAGGCGUAUUACGCCCGAUCAUAAACAUAGCCUAGGAACCCGUCUUAACAAGAAUCGUAAGCCAAAGUGAUGUUAGGAUAUUUUUUUGUGUAGUUUCACGCAUCCCUUGAACAAAGAUGGACGUAUUUUUUAAAUGAAAACAAGUUAUUAUUUUCUAACAAAUAUCCUACAUUUCAGGAACAUCUUAAAUCUUCACACAAUUCAGUCGUAACUUAAGCUCGUCGUAAGUUCUUAAAUACACAUGGUCAAUAGUCCCAGUGUCAGUGGGGUAACAGAGUGGCCUUAUUGUUGUGAUUCGAACGCAAGAUCUAUCGACCUGCAAUAGUUUCCCGUCUAGAGAAGUGAUAACCAAUACACGCGAUAUCAUGAGAACUUGUCUGACUUAAAUUACAAAAUUUUGGGACAAUUUCUCCAAAUUUGUCGCGAUUUAAUUACGGUAUUCGUUACGUGAAUGACAUUCGUGCAAAUCUCUGACGAAUAUUAUCUCAUUUUAGAAGGUGUGAACAUUCUAUUUCGCGAGAAACGGGUAUAUGUGAUAAUCCACACAGAAAAUUAAUGGCUUUAAUGCAUUCAAAACGGAUGCCAUUACAAUACAGUCAGAAAAUUCAUAUUUGUAAAAAAAAUGAUGAGUAGAACGCAUGAUAACAUCUGGGCCCGUAUACACUAACCAAUUAUAUGACUUAAAAAUAAACAAAAUUCUAAGAUACAAAAUAAUACGUUGCAUUUUAUCAUUAGAACAUUUCAGUUUCAAGAACAUUAUUUGAGCCUUGUUCUGGCAAAACUGGGCUUAAUACAUGUGCUCAAAGUUUCAUCCCAGAUUAGCCUGUGCAGUCCACACAGGCUAAUCUGGGACAACACUUUCCGCCUAAACUUUGUAAGGAGGGACUUCCUUGAAACUAAAAAUACCAUAACAGCGGAAAGUGUCGUUUUUGAUUAGCCUAUGCGGACAGCACACGCUAAUCUGGGACGACACUUUACGCACAUGCAAUGGGCCCAGUUUUCUCAGAACGCUGCUCACUUUAGACUUAAGUCUCAGAAUUGGUUGUUGAAUAUGAACCCUAGGAAAAUGAGAUCGAACUAAUCAAAGAUUCGGAAAAUUUUAUUUGUGAAAAAUACAAAGCGCACUAACAAUUAUAUGUGAGGGUGCUUAAUCUGGAGAAUCCCGAGGUACUUUUGGAAAGUUUUUUUUCAUAGAAAAUUAUAAAUAAUAAAGUUUUCUCUUUGUUACUUGUACACGCAUUUAAAACAAUCAAGUUAAUAGAUGUGUUUGCAUGUUGAUAGAUUUUCUACAAUCAAUACGCAUUUCGUUGACUUGCAAUGCGUGAAUGAUGUUGGUUUUUAAUUUGUUAGUUAUUAGACUAGAAACGGCCAGUUGUAGUAUUACGUUCCUUCAGAGCGACGUCAUGCUUGCGAUUUUUAGAUCGGCGGAUUUUGAAUUUAUUAGUUCAUGUAGGCCUACACGCAGUAGUAAGUUUUUGAAUUUAUCUAUUCUUUAAGAAACGUAGAUGUGUUGAAAGAGUUUUUUGUCAUCAAAGCGGUAUCUGUGAUAUGAUUAUCGAUCUAUCGUCGAUCAUGCGUGUUUAUUACUUGUCCUCCAGCAGCGCUUUAAUUAAUUGUUCAUUAAAUAACGUGUUACGUAUUUUUCUUCAAUCGAUAACCUCGGUCUAUUUAGGAAGAGAACUAUUAAUCGUUUAUUGAUACCGGUACAUCUUUGGCUUAUGUCUUCUUUUCCAACUUUAGCUUGUCCUGGUGUUUAUUACAAUGUGUUUCCAUCUAAAUCGAUAAACGAAGGAACUAGUCUAAUCACACCUUUCACUUACGGUGUAUGAAAUUUAACAAGGGAUUUCGAUUUUUCGGUUUUGCUGAUAUUUUAUUGAAGGUACUUUAUUGAAGAGGCUUGUUCAUAGAUUGCCGAAAUGACACUUGUCCAACUUAUUUACACCGAUAAAAAAAGAUAAAAGAACGCUCUACACCUGGAAGCGAAAUAACAUUGAUGACAUGACUCCUACUGAUAGUACACUUUCGAUUACGAGAAAUCAUCAUUUGAUAUUAUGAAAAUUAUCAAGUAUUACAAACACGAAAUAAUAUUCUUUAAUUACUUCUAUUGUUUUCGUUAUAUUUUGUGGAUUCGCUUAUGCAUAAAAGUAUUGAAUUAAAUGUGGAAUUUACGAAACCGGAUAUUCUGGUAGUUCAGGCGAUAGUUUUUAAUCUAACGGUAACUAGUUCGAGACCGAUUUGGCAAUUGUGUUACUUUCUAAAAUUAUAUUCUUAUUAUUAUAUUGGCCGUCUCUUUCUCGGCUGUUUACAUUUAUUAAUUUUAAAACAUGUCUGAAAGAACGUAAAAUUGCAAACCUGUGUGAACAAGUCUCUUUCAAUCUUUUUCAUAAUUAUAUUUCGUGAACUAACACAUGCAUGUUAUUUUAACUUUAUCUUAUAGCACCUUGCAUUAUGAUUGUAAUAAUUAUAAUUUCGCGUAACUCUCGAGUAAGAAUUGUUGUAAUAUACAGCGAAUAUAUUAUGCUUGAUUAAGAGUGUAUCAAUAAAAGUUCAUUCUUACAUAUUCAUUAACACGGCCAAAAUGCAUGUACAUGUAUUGUUUUUCUUUUACACGUAUUGAAAAGUAGUGUUAAUUUAUUAUAAACAAUGGUUAUAAAAACUAUAGUUUUGUAAUUACAAUAAUUGACUUUGAUUUUGUUAGGACUUUUUAAGCGUUACAAAUUAUUUAUUAUUUACAUUAUUUUGUGUAUAACAGUUAUGAUUUUGUUAUUUUUCACGGGAGCAUUUCCAGAAUUGUAUUUAUGAUAAAAGCAUAAAGAAUUCUCUGCCUUUU